AUGCAGCUCACCAAGCUUUCCAUCACCGCUCUCUUCACACUCCUUGCUACCACUUCGGUCGCUGCUCCCGCGCCAGACUCUGUUGAUGCCCGCAUGGCGGAGGCAGCCCCCGGACAAGAUAUCUCCGGCUCUGCAGAUGCGGCUCUAGAGAAGCGCGGCUUUGGAUGCCCGGUCGACAAAAAGUGCCACAAUCACUGUAAGACCGUUACCGGCUACAAGGGAGGAUACUGUGAAGGCUUCCUUGAUUUGCGCUUGCGUGUGAGGGUGACUGUGGCCAGAGUGGUCGUGACAAUCAUGAUCAUGGCCAUGGUCAUGAUCAUGCUCGUCACCAUCAAACCCAGGCCAGUCAGGAAACCCGUCUUCGAAGACAUCUAG